AUGAUCCGACCGAACGUUUCAAUAAUCUCCGACGUCGAAGAACCGCAUCGAAGCGUCGAAGAAAGAACAUUGUUCAAGAAAUAUCCCACAUCAGCAAACACGUUAUUACCUGAAAUGGCUCCUUCACUUAAUGGCGGUUCUUACUACAUCCUAGACAAUGACACUUUUGAAUCUGUAGAGGAGGCAAUUCUUUUCGCAGACAUGAGAGAUCGCGGAGGACUAGGUGCCCCGACUGCUGCACAGUCAACUGGUGUGGGCGGUUCUGCCCUGGACCGAGACCCCGUCGAGGCCGAAGACGACGCAGAUCAUUCCGAUCACUCCUUCGAACUCUCCAAGCCCAAUGUGUCAAACACUUCAAAGAUCUCUGAGCCAAGCAUGGGGACACUGCUGCGAGGGGUGGCUACGGAGGGUUCUGAAGUGAGCAAAUCAGUACCAGUGCCUGUUUUGCCAGUGCAGGGAGGUGGAGUAUGGCGCGCCAAAAGGAGGACCAGUGUUCUGGGACUUUUCCCGGAAAGCCCGCCUACGGCUGUGGCAUCCUCCUCCGACCAACCCAUCAUAUCCAAACUACCACCUGCAUCCUCAACUGGGCCAAAUUCCGAAGCAAGCGUGCCGGAAGAGCAGGAACCGUGUGAUACAGUCACAGAUCUCUCAAGUCCAUCGAGUGUAUCUAAGGAGCUCUAG